AUGGCUUCUGUUGAUGGCCUCACCAGAACGUACUACAUUGGAAUUAAAGAAGAAAGGUGGAACUAUGCUCCGAGUGGUCGAAAUCUCAUAACUGGGAAAAACAUAGCUGAAGAUGAGCUUGCCUCUGUGUUUUUAUUGCGAGGCCCACGCAGAAUCGGAUCUGUGUACAAGAAAGCAAUUUACAGGGAGUACACUGACCAAACCUAUUCUAAAGAGAUCUCUAAACCUAAUUGGCUGGGGUAUCUGGGCCCAGUUCUGAGAGGAGAGGUGGGCGACAUCCUGAUCGUCCACAUGAAGAACUUUGCCUCCAGGCAAUAUUCGUUGCAUCCACACGGCACCUUAUAUGAGAAAGACUCUGAAGGGGCUCUGUAUCCUGACGGAACAUCUGGAACGCUGAAGCUGGAUGACGCUGUCCCCCCAGGAGGAAACCACACCUACACCUGGGCUGUCAAGCCCGAAUUUGCCCCCGCGGAGGGGGACGCUAACUGCCUGACCUGGGCGUACCACUCUCAUGUCAAUUCUCCCCGGGACGUCUAUUCCGGUCUCAUUGGGCCCCUCCUUACCUGCAAGAAAGGCACCCUGCUGCCGGUGCCCGGCAACCCGACCUUGCUGAACCGGACAGACGUGGCCCGGGACUUUGUCUUGCUGUUCACUGUGAUAGAAGAAAACCUCAGCUGGUACCUAGAGGAGAACAUCCAGACCUUCUGCUCAGACCCCACAGGCGUGGACCCUGAUGACGAGGACUUUCAGGAGUCCAACAAAAUGCAUGCCAUAAACGGGUACCUGUACGGGAACCUGCCAGGCCUGGAGGUGUGCCUGAAUGAGACGGUAGCCUGGCACCUCAUCGGCAUGGGCAACGAGGUGGACAUCCACUCCGUAUCCUUCCUGGGGCACACGCUGCUUAACCAGGGCCACCGUACCGAUGUCAUCAGCCUGUUCACGGCGAGCUUCGUCACCGCAAACAUGGUCCCCGUCACCCCGGGGAAGUGGCUGAUGGGAUGCCUGGUGAAUGACCACAUACAAGCUGGAAUGCAAGGCUUUUACCAGGUUUUGGACUGUGGGGAAAAGAAGAACAGUACAGAAGCGCCUCCUACUGGCCGAAUAAGGCGAUAUUACAUAGCUGCUGAGGAACAGUUGUGGGAUUAUGCCCCAUUAGGAAUUGACACUUCAAAUAAUCUGUCCUUGGUUGAUGCUGGCAGUCAGUCGGAGGUGUUCUUUGGAAGGCAAGGGGGUCGGUUGGGUGGGGUGUAUAUGAAGGUUCGCUAUGUGGCCUACACCAAUGAAAAUUUCACCUCCAAGGUGCAGCAGACUGCUGCAGAAAGACACCUUGGCAUUCUGGGCCCAGUAAUCGGAGCUGAAACAGGUGACCAGCUUAUGGUGACAUUUAUGAACAAGGCCAGCAGGAACUACAGCAUGCAGCCCCAUGGGCUUCAGUACGACAAGGCCUUUGAAGGGGCCAGCUACCAGGACGGUGUUCCCAAUGACGGGGCCCUUGUGCGUCCCGGUGACAUAUUCACGUACAGCUGGAGGGUGAGGGAAGGGCCCUCGCCCAGCGACCCAGCAUGCAUCUCCUACCUGUACUACUCGUCCAGUGAUCCGGUCCAAGACACAAACUCUGGGCUGGCCGGCCCCCUGCUGGUGUGUAGAAGGGGUGCGCUGAAUGACAGCGGGUCUCAGAUGGGCGUAGACAAGGAGUUCUUCCUGCUCUUCUCUGCGGUGGAUGAAAACCUCAGCUGGUACCUGGAGGACAAUAUCCGCAGGUUUGGGACAAGAGAAUCAGAUGUGGAGAAUGAGGACUUUAUGGAGAGCAAUAGAAUGCAUGGGGUAAAUGGACUGAUGUAUGGGAACCUGCAGGGUCUAGAUCUCUGCCUUGGGGAUCGGGUGUCCUGGCAUGUCUUUGGCCUGGGCACAGAAGGGGACAUACAUGGGAUUUACUUCCAGGGGAACACCUUCCAGCGGGAGGGUCUGAACAGGGACACCUUGGGCCUGUUCCCCCACACCACAGUCACUGUUUCCAUGCAGCCAGACUCCACAGGGACGUUCGACGUGAACUGCGGGACCACCCAUCACUACCUGGCUGGGAUGAGGCAGCAGUACUCGGUCUCACAGUGCGGAGGGCAGGCCGCUCCCCAGGCCACCGCCCCUCCGCCGGUGGUGCAGUACUUCAUCGCUGCCGAGGAGCUGGAGUGGGACUACUCCCCCAGCAGGACCUGGGAGCUGCAGCUGUACAAUGUCGCCGAGGAGGACAGUCCCGGGAGCAUCUUUGUGGAGAGAGGUGAGAAUCGAAUUGGCUCCAGGUAUAAAAAGGUGGUUUACAGGGAGUACACUAAUGCCACUUUCAAGACGAGGAAGCCAAGGUUACCACAAGACGAACAUCUUCACAUUCUAGGUCCACUAAUCAGGGCAGAGGUUGGAGAGCGUGUUCUGGUCAAUUUCAAGAACAUGGCUACCCGCCCGUUCUCCAUGCAUGCCCAUGGAGUAAAGACCCCUGCUGGCCAGGCAAUGCCAGUGCAACCAGGUGGAAUGCAACAGUACCAAUGGGACUUUCCAGAAAGAUCUGGUCCUGGAAGUUCAGACCCCAACUGCAUCCCAUUUCCCUAUUACUCUACUGUUGACUUUGUAAAGGACACAGCCAGUGGGCUAGUUGGGCCUUUGGUGGUCUGUAGGAAGGGUACGCUGGACCAGAACAGGAAGAGGAGGGAUGUGGACAGGGAGUUUGUCUUGCUCUUCAUGGUUUUCAAUGAAAAUAUCUCCUGGUUCCUGAAAGACAACAUCCAAACCUACCUGAACAAGGACCCCGGCACCUUCCCCAUUACUGAUGAGUUUGUGGAGGGAAACCAAAUGCACGCCAUCAAUGGAAAACUCUAUAAUAAUCUUCAAGGGUUGACAAUAAUGCAAGGAGAGAAGGCAGACUGGUAUCUCCUUGGCAUGGGGGGUGAGAUGGAUCUGCACACUGUCCAUUUCCACGGACAGGCUUUCAUUUACAGGACGGACCAGUCUCACCGAGCAGAUGUCUACGAGCUGUUCCCGGGAACGUCUCAGACGGUGGAGAUGAUAGCAGAUAACCCAGGGACCUGGCUUCUGCACUGUCACAUAGCCGACCAUAUUUACGCUGGCAUGGAGACUGUAUUCACCAUCCAGAACAGGACAGCUCCGGCACUUCAGAUCUCCCUGUUUGGCCUCCGGUCGGCGGACAGGGGUUUCAUGAUGACCCUGACUAUUGGGCUCUGUCUGCUACUGUCUUCACUGUCAUAG